AUGUGCACAGCUACUCUUGACCGUCGUCGCUGUGUUCGACAAGGAAACGACAGCAAAGCUGAAGGAAAAAAAACGGGAAGAGCGUUUCCGGGCGAAACAGACCGAAUCUCGGGAAGAGGCAAUGCAGAUGACGGCUCUCUUUUUCUUUUCGUCGAUCAUGAGUCGGCACAUCAGUCCAUCCGAAAUUCAGCACAGGGCGCCAUCGGUGCGCUUGCUGCGGCUCUGGAGUCCAUCCAAUUGUCCUUGCCGUAUGACUCAAAAGGCGAGAUUUUACACGAAGGAAGAAACCCCGCAAGCGAGCUUCUUUCAGAUUCAAGAGAUGCCCUCGGAAUCGAACAAGAACUGACCCGAACUCAGGCUACAUCAGGAUAUGUAGCAGAUCCCGCUGAAGAAGGCUUCAAGGAAGAUCAAAACAGUGGGGCAGCUGUUGCUCGCCGCUCCGACGAAGGGUCGCAAGACCAUUGCCACUCCACCAGUCUUCAUCUCAGAGACUCUCUGGAGGAAACCAACCAGGGAGAUGACGAUAAAAAGUCCAAAACGGAAGACGAAAGCGAUCUGUCCUGUCCCCCAGGAGCCGAAGCAACCGUGGAAACAGUUUAUAGGUUGUUAGCUAUUGUCGAUGCCCACCGUACAAGAACGAUAGAACACCAAUCCCAAGGCAGUCUUGUAGCGAAUUCGCCCUGCGAUUUGGGGUGGAAGAUAGAGAUGGGCAACGACGACCUGGUUGACGCAGCCAACCAAACUAUCUCCAUAAAGCAGAAGGCCGGUGAGGAAUGCCAUGACAAUAUCCUAAUCAUCCCUGAGAAACGUGCUGAGAUCUGGACCGACCAUGCGUCGAGAUCAUUCUUACGUCAAUCCGACACAGGGGAUCCGUGGGGUGGCGUGUGCCCUCCGGCACACCAGAAAACCAGGACAGAAACUGAAGCAAGUGAAACUGUGGCGUUGCGACCCCUUGACAGCCGGACAAGUAUCUGCAGGCCUCUCUCGCCGGAGACGGAGUUGAUGCGAGAUUACUACCGGCAGUUCCCAACUCUAGGAGACCUGUUAACAGAACCUGACAGAUCGAAGCACUGUGACAUAUUCAAAGAGAUCCUCAUCAGCAACGGCAAAUGCUGCGCAGAUAUCCAGACAGCAGCGACACUGUCGAGCACUGUAAAAACUGAUGAAACUGGCGCAGAUUCUCCUCUUGAAGACAUCCUUCAUUCUCGAUAUUACAAGGUUGAGAAAAGCCGGCACGAGGUCUACAAAAUUGUUAGCAGCGCCUUCAGGAAGGUCGGCGGCUGGAAGACGCUGCCGGAAGCACCUCACUGGGAUUACGCAUGGAAUUUGCUGUGGACGUGGCACCGGCCGAGAAUCGAUUACAACAGACUGUUGUCUUUCCAGAAGGUUAAUCAUUUCCCUGAAAGCAGGCAGUUGACAAGGAAAGACAAUCUGAAAAGGUGCAUUGAACGAUUUCAAAAAGCUGCUGGCCGGCGAGCGGAACACUUUCGCAUCAUUCCUAAGACCUUCUUGUUGCCAAAAGAGUAUACAGCCAUGGUCUCGGAGAUGUGCGAAAUGCCGGAUUAUCCAACUAAGCAGAAGCGCGUGUGGAUCUGCAAGCCCAAAGACAGCUCAAGAGGCCGCGGGAUUUUCUUGACAAAUUCCGUCGACGACAUCCGGUACACCGACAACUUGGUGGUUCAGGAAUAUAUCGCCAACCCCUUGCUGCUGAACGGGCGCAAGUUCGAUCUGCGCCUGUAUGUGCUGGUGACUUCAUUCAAUCCGCUCGAGGCUUUUGUAUAUAAACAGGGCUUUGCUAGAAUCGCUCGAGUUCCUUUCACGCUGGAUCCUGAGCACCUGAACAAUAGGUUCAUGCACCUAACGAACGCAGCAAUUCAGAACGAAUGGCAAGAAAUUUCCAGUGACUCAGACAAUGAGGUGGCAUCUCCUCGGUACCAAGAGAGCUCUCCAGCUUCUACGCUUUCUUCCAGGCGGCGCCGAAUGUCGAAAAUACGGAAGACAACCACGGUGUCAGACGCGUCGCCCCGAUGUCUACGAGAUUCCAGUUCUGAGAACUUUGUAGGCGUCUCCUCCACAGUUUUCGACGUGGAUAGUCGUGUUGGGGAAGAGGCCGAGAGGAGAUGCACAAAGAGGUCACGACUACAGGAAGAUGAUGAGGGCAUCGGGACAGGGAGACACGAGGAGAAGAAUGAGUUUUCCGGUGAAGACAGCAAAAUUCUGCUUGACGAACUGAAGCAGAGACUCGAAAAAAAUGGAAUCGACUGGGAGGCUGUCUGGCAGAAAGUUCUGCUUGUCAUUUUGAAAAGCCUCUCCUGCUGUGGAGACUCCAUUCCUCACCACCCAAACGCAUUCGAGCUUUUCGGCUACGAUGUGCUCAUUGAUGCUGACAUGAAGCCAUGGCUUAUUGAGGUUAAUUCGUCGCCAUCCAUGGGCCAGGAACACGAAACUGACAGAAAAGUAAAGCCAGGGCUGAUCGAAGACACCCUGCGCCUAGUUAAUCCAAUGCCAUACGACCGGCUGAAGCUCACUGAGCAGCCACGCGUCCUCGAUGGUGCUUGCGUCUUCUGCAGAUAA